AUGAGGGCAGCUGCACGCCUCUUCGCCAGCGUCAAGCCCGGCCAAUACCUCGAGGCCGGCACCCCGACGGGUCUCACAGGCCUUCUCACCCACCCGUCGCCGCGCUCAACCCUGUUGUACCAUUACAAUUCGACGCUCGACAAGCUCAAGAAGAUUCCCGAAUCGUCCGUCUACCGCCAGUCGACCGAAGCUCUGACCAAGCACCGUCUCGCCAUCGUUGAGCAGACCAAGCCUGUAGGAUGGGACGCAUGGCAGGAGAAGAUCACGUUGCAAGUUAGCGAGGACCCCGAUCGAUACCAAUUUGUCAACACGUCGGCCGGACCAACGGUCAUGAUGCCCAAUGAGGCCGAGGUAGAUGCUCGAUCAAGGCGGGCAGAGUGGGAUGGAGAGCCACUGCAGAGCAUGCCCGAGGGAAUCCGAUCAGCAAAGGAGCGAUUACCCUCUGCCAAAAAGAUGAAGGGUGCCUCCAACUACAGCAACGAGCGCGUCUUGGCGGAUAUCAAGUUUGACCCAGAGCCCAAGUACACUACUGAGGCCAUCUCGGAGCUGGAGAACAGGCUUGGCGCAGGUUUGAUUGAGGAAGUCAUCCAGGUUGCCGAGGGUGAGCACAAGCUCGUGGAUGCCAUGGUUGCAGCCAAGGUCUGGGAGCCAUUGGAGGAGCCAGCACCAGAGGGCCAAUGGAGUUACUUUGAGCGUGCGACACAUACGUCUACUCAGAAGCCGUAGAUGAAAGUUGAGCAUGUUUGUAUAUAGUAGAAGCUGCAUUAUCCGAU